CCGGAGACGAAAAACCAAAAAUGUCAAACAAACUCAUCGGAGAAAUGGGUCUUCACACCAAAAUCUCAAACAUCUUCGCCGCAAGAAACAUCAUCACCGCCAAGGAUGCAUUAUCAAUGACAGAGUUUGAACUAAUGGAGCUAUUAGAUGUUGGAAUGAAAGAGAUAAGAUUAGCAAUUACAUUGAUUAGUGAAGCUACUUCUCCACCAUGUCAAUCAGCGAGAUCUUUGUUGGAGAAGAAGGUCGAAAACGAACAUUUAUUAGGUCAUCUUCCUACACAUUUGAAGGGGUUAGAUGAAACUUUGUGCGGUGGUAUACCGUUUGGUGUUCUUACUGAGUUAGUUGGUCCACCUGGUAUUGGUAAAUCACAGGUUCUCUCUACUAUGCAGUUUUGCAUGAAGCUUGCCUUAUCAGCCUCGUUUCCAGUAGCUUACGGAGGAUUAGAUGGUCGUGUGAUAUACAUAGAUGUGGAAUCCAAGUUUAGUUCAAGAAGGGUGAUAGAGAUGGGAUUGAAAAGCUUCCCUGAAGUGUUUCACCUUAAAGGAAUGGCACAAGAGAUGGCUGGAAGAAUCCUUGUUUUGCGGCCAACAUCUUUAGCUAACUUUACUGAAAGUAUACAAGAACUCAAGGAUUCAAUUCUUCAAAACCAAGUAAAGCUUCUAGUGAUUGAUAGUAUGACAGCUCUUCUUUCAGGUGAAAACAAACCAGGAGCUCAGAGACAGCCUCAGUUGGGUUGGCAUAUUUCUUUCUUAAAAUCGCUUGCUGAAUUUUCACGGAUUCCUAUAGUAGUGACUAAUCAAGUUAGAUCUCAAAACCGCGAUGAAACUAGUCAGUAUUCUUUCCAAGGUCAGAGAAUCAUUAAGGUGGCAAAAUCUCCUAUGUCCCCUCCUUUAGCCUUCCCGUUCCAUAUAACUUCAGCUGGAAUUUCAUUGUUGAGCGACAACGGGACUGAACUCAAAGGACCAGGAAUCAAUACCAUUCAUGCUCGAGGGCACAGCGACAUGAUUAAUUUUCACGGGGACUGCUCGUAGUGAAGCAAAGGCGGCCUGUUACGAUAAUCAACCAGAAACACCAAC